AUGUUGCCUGAGAAAGCUCAACAGAUUGCAGCUGAGGAAGGUAAAGCUAUAGAGUCAAUGGAACCUGAUCUUGUUAACAAAUUGAGGAAGUUGUUGAUAAUGUCUGCUGAUUUUAGAGUGCCUUUGGAGAAGGUUGAGUUUAUUCAGUCUGUGAUGGGUUUACCCCUGGACUUUAAGAGUAACUUGAUCCCAAAGUAUCCGGAUUUUUUCUCUUUAAAGGUGGUUUACAAGAAAGUUCAUCUUGAGCCAAAUGAGAGCAGAAAGAAGGUUAGGAUCACAAAGGAUGGUAAAUCAACUCUUAUUGAUUCUCUUGUAGCUGCUGCUGGAAUCAUUGCACAAGAAGUUACUGAUGAUGUUCGUAUAUGA